AUGCCAACAAGAUUAAAAGAGUUUCUUUAUGGAGGAUCGUUAUGCCUUGCGGAACAUGAUGCAAGAGUUAUUCUCGAAUUAUUAAUUUCAACGGAUGAAUUAGAACUUGAUGAACUGACAGAUUUCAUUCAAGAAUAUUUAUUAAAUAAUUCAUGGAGGUUAAUGUCCCAUUUUGUGUUAUUUCACAAAUUCGCGAUGCAAAAUGAUGAAAGGUUUCCCAAAAUAAGAAAAUGUGUAAUCGAAUUAAUAAAGGAGAAUCCUUCGACAAUAUUUGAUUCAAAUGAUUUUACUACUAUCGAUCAAGAUACAUUAAUCGCUUUUUUUAAAUGUCAUAACUUUUCUUCAAUUAAACCUGGAAUCUUGUGGAGAAAUUUGGUGGAAUGGGGUGUGGCUCACACGCCAUCGGUACCGAUACAAUACAUUGAGUGGGAUGAUGAGGAUUUUGAAGCUUUAGGGGAUACGCUUGAACCUUUUAUCACAUUAAUUAAAUUUACCGAGAUGGAUUCCGAAGAAUUCCUUUCAGAAGUUAGACCUUGGAAAAAAUGUUUAGAUUACAUUGAUCCGGACUUUUAUACUCAAGUUCUUGAAUUUCGUCAAUUACCCGCUGUUAAUGUUACUUCUAAAUUGUUUAAAUUACUGUUGGAAGUGAGGGAUCGUAGACAUAUUAAAGAGAUUGAUUCCAAUUUGAUCACACCUUCUGACGCAACGUUACUAGCAAAUUGGAUUUACGAGGUAUCAUCGAGUAACGGAAACUAUAGUCCAUCAAAUUCUUCAUUUAUUUUUUCCCUUGGUGAUAAAGUAUUUAAUUAUGAACCCAAAUUAUCAAAAAUUUCCAAUGCUUCUAAAGCAGUCUAUCAAAGUGAGUCAUACGGUCCUUGUUUUGGUGGGGGAUAUUCCGAUUUAAGAUUAUUUGGUGCUGAUUUUAAAGAUAAGGGGGAAUGUAGGUGCGUGCAAACUAGUUAUGAAGAUAAAAUUAGGGAUGAUGAAGAAGAAUUUUCCAUUGAUGAAUAUGAAGUAUUUCAAAUAAGUCCUUUCGUUACUUCGACAAAGUCAAAGUGGUCAAUUUUAAGGUCUUAUGCCAUCGCAUAA